AUGGAGUCAUCAUCGCCUCCAAAUGAAGUUGUUAAUAGUUCAAAACAAGCUUGCUUGGAAAUCAACUUGGAAGAUCUCCCUCUUGAUCCUGGACUACGCACUCGAAUUUGGGAUUACCAUCCUAAUGUUCAGGAUCAAGUUCGAAGGGCUUAUCUACAAAAAGGUCCUUUUCAGCCCCGAAACCAUUCCUUCCCCCAGAGGAUUAUUAGUGGAGGGCCAAGAAGGUUCAUUCCUGCUUGGUUUGAUGAAUUUCCUACUUGGUUGGAAUAUAGUGUAGCAAAAGAUGCUGCUUAUUGUUUCUGUUGCUAUCUUUUUAAACCAAAUACUGGAGAACAAGCAGGCAGUGAGUCUUUUGUUGGCAAAGGGUUUUCAAAUUGGAAGAAGAAGAGUGAAAGGUUACAAGUUAGUUGCAUGAGAUUUCUUUUGCGACAAGGGCUUCUGUUCUGUGGAGAUGAUGAAUAUGAAGAUUCAAACAACCAAGGAAUGUUUGCUGACCUUUUGAGAUUACGAUGUAAUUAUGAUGAGGAUAUAAAAGCUGUCACAUUGAACAAUGCUUCCUUAACCCUGAAGUUGACAUCAUCUGAUACUCAGAAGGACAUUGAAAUUGCUAUUUCGACGGAAAUCAUCAAUGCAAUCGUUAGAGAUAUUGGUGAUUCAUUAUUUUCCAUUCUUAUUGAUGAGUUUCAUGACAUGCCUUCACAGGAUCAGAUGGCUAUUGUAUUACGUUUUGUAGAUAAAGGUCAUGUAAUUGAGCGUUAUUUAGGUAUUGUGCAAGCUACCGACGACACCGCUGUCUCGCUUAAGGGGGCGAUUGAUGAUUUCUUUUCUACUCAUGGAUUAAGCAUGGCUAAGUUACGGGGUCAAGGUUAUGGUGGGACAAGUAAUAUGCAAGGUGAGUUGAAUAAUCUUAAGACACUUAUAGUGAAGGCGAAUGAGUGUGCAUUUUACGUCCAUUGCUUUGCUCAUGAUCUUCAUUCAACUCUUAUAGCCAUGUCAAAGAAUCAUUUAGAAAUUGUGGAUCUUUUUGCUUGGGUUGCUAAGGUGGUGAAUGUUGUUGGAGAAUUUGUUGAAUGUCGUGACACUCUUCGGGAGAAACAUGAUGUUUUAGUUUUUGAAGCACUCAAUACCAGCGAGCUUUUAAGUGAACAAGGUCUAAAUGAGGGCAGCUCCAAAUUUAAGACUUUGAUAAGCUUGUUUACCAUGUUCUCAUCUGUGAUAGAUGUACUUGAGGUCAUAGCAGAGUUUGGAUUAGAUUCUGAACAGAAAUCUAAAGCACGGGUUCUAUUGGGUCCCCUCCAGUCAUUUGGUUUUAUUUUUAGUCUACAUAUGAUGAUAAACAUUUUGCGAAUCACAGAUGGUUUGUCACAAGCAUUACAAAAAAAUGAUCAGGAUAUUGUGAAUGCCAUGAACCUAGUGAGAGUAUGUAAAGAACAAUUGCAAGUGAUGAAGGAGAGUGAUUGGGAUUCAUUACUCAAUGAGGUUUCUUCAUUUUGUCAAAAGCAUGAAAUUGAAGUGCAUAACAUGGAUGAUAGGUUUCUAACUCGAGGGAAAAAAAGAGAUCAGGUGAUCACAAACAUGCAUUAUUAUCGUGUUGAGUUGUUUUGUACUGUUAUAGAUAUGCAAAUUCAAGAGCUAAAUGUUCGAUUCACUGAAAUGAAUACAGGGUUGCUUCUUUGUGUGGCAUGUUUGAAUCCGAGUGAUUCAUUCUCUGCUUUUGACAAACAAAAGUUGAUUUGUCUUGCUCAGUAUUAUCCAAAUGACUUUUCUACACUUGACUUAAUGAUACUUGAAGAUCAGCUUGAGAAGUACAUUAUGGACAUGCGUUCUAGCAUCGAGUUUUCAGGAUUGAACGGGAUCGCUGAUCUUGCACAAAAAAUGGUUGAGACCAAAAAAGACUCUGUUUUCCCAUUAGUUUACUUGCUGUUGACAUUGGCACUUAUCUUACAAGUUGCAACUCCCAGGAUAGAUAGGGUGUUUUCUGCUAUGAAUAUUGUGAAGAAUCGAUUACGCAACCGAAUGGAAGAUGAAAGGAUGAAGGAUAGAUUGAUUCCAUAUAUUGAGACAGACAUUCUUGAUAGUAUCGACGAUGAGGUUAUUAUGCAACGAUUUCAAAAUAUGAAAAAUCGUCCAUGUAGUGUAGUAGCUCAUGCUAGAUAUUAUAUCUCAGGAUGCCAAGUGGUGCCACUCUGUUUUUUAUAUCUUGAAGACCAGUCCUCAGAAUUCUCAUAUGUCUGGCCACACAUUUGUGAUUCUGAGGGUUCUGCUCUUUGUGCAGACAAUAAGCAGGAGAUGAAAUCAAUGAUGUUUCAGCUGCCAUUCAAGAUUGACAACGCCUGUAUUGGUGACAAGGCACAGAAACAGAGUGAAGUGACUCGGAAUGAACAAUUUCAUGCAUCUUGCAAAGGAAGCCAUUGA